UUAUUGCACGCAGAUUAAUAAAGGCAUAAAAUCACAUGGUUCAAUCACUUUUAAAGCAAAACGUGCACAUUUUACCAACAUAUAAGAAUACUAGUUUUGAGUGUAUUACACGUUCCGCCUUGUUAGGUGCUGGUACUACGCGGUCAAGCCACCUCCAGAAUAGGCCCAGAGGUUCAACCUAUGUCCAUGCACCUUGAAGAGGAUUCACACCAGCCGCCAUACGGCGACGCUGGUCGUCUAUUUGCUACCUACCCGCUUGGACAGUCGCUCGGGCUGUUCGUCGCAGGUGACAGAUGACGGAGAACAGGGGCGCCUGGGCGUCUACCAGAGUGUAGGUUACUGUAGACUAAGGCUGUAACAAGUUGAAGAAAACCGUUUCCUCAUGACAUGGUACCUCAGCGAAAAGAGUGAAGUGUCCAAGCAUGUGCCAAGCAUGAGGCUGGCCACCAGGAUUGUUUUGCUGUUGUUUUCCAUAUCCAUCGUUUCAGUGAUACUAAUUGGUAGAUGUGGUUUAAAGCUGGAAGAAGAGCUUCGCAUCGAAAGUUCUGCUUCAGGUCCCAUAUCUCCUGAUACGGGAAGUUAUGCAUUCCAGUUAAGUAACACUGAAGAAGAAAGUGAUGCUAUGCGAAAGAAGGAUGAUGAGUAUCGCAUUGAAACUCAACGGCUCUUGAAUGAAAUAGCUGAUUUGAAGAGCAAACUCGAAUUGAUCCAGAAGCUCCAAGAAGAUGUAAAACCAAUACCUGUCAAGGGAAUAGCACCUGGCAGUUUACUAGGUGUUGAAGAAUGUGGAGAUUACAUUCAAAAACAAAUAUCAGCUGCGGAGAUAAAGCAUGGAGUUCAACUAAACAAUGAAUACGAAGUGCUUCCUUUUUCCCAUUUUACUUUCAGCAGGGUUUAUCCAGUUGAUUUAGGAUUAGGUAAGAGAGUUGUUGAAAAGCCUAUUGGAUAUAGGAGAAAAGAUUUAUUGGAAGUAUUUGUAAGAGCCCUCGAAAUAGUCAAUAAAGACAGACAAGGUAAAACUAGGUACACGGUUGAUGACUUUGUUGAAGGAGUCUUUAGAAAUGAUCCUACCACUGGAACACAGUAUUCACUGUACUUCAGAGAGCGAAAUAUAUCCAGAACAUAUAGAACUCUCACACUGAUCAGACCUUUCGCUCCAAUACAAGCAGUAACAGACGAAAUAGAAAAAACAUCAAAACAACUUAUCAAUGUCAUAUUGCCUUUAUCUGGACGUAUAGAUAAAUUCCGCAGCUUCAUGGACAAAUUUAUCAAAGUGGGAAUACGCCAUGAUAAACGAAUAUUUUUAACUGUAGUGUAUUUCGGACUUGAUGGUCUAUAUGAUGUCCAAGAAUUGCUAACCAAAGUUUCAAGGGACACAAAAUUUCGUAAUUUCAAACUUUUAACUUUAAACGAUACUUUCUCCAGAGGAAAAGGUCUCCAUGUUGGAGCCCAGCACUGGACAAAGGGCGAUGUUUUGCUUUUUAUGUGUGACGUAGAUAUAAUAUUUUCCACCAAAUUCUUAGAAAGAUGUCGACUAAAUACAGCACCAGGCAAGAAGGUUUAUUAUCCUAUCGUAUUCAGCCUGUAUAAUCCAUCUGUGGUAUAUUCGCUCCAGGGAAAGGAUGUGCCAUCAGAGACUGAGCAGUUGCUAAUUUCUAGAGAUACUGGAUUCUGGAGAGAUUUUGGUUACGGUAUGACAUGCCAGUACAGAAGCGACUUUCUUGCAAUUAAAGGCUUUGAUGAGGAGAUUGUUGGAUGGGGAGGAGAAGACGUCAUGCUGUAUCGAAAAUAUGUGCGUAGUAAGUUAAUGGUUGUGAGGACCACAGAUCCAGGAAUCUUCCACACGUGGCAUGAGAAAAAAUGCGAUAAUCUGGGUCUGUCCGUGGAACAACAAAGAGCAUGUUUGAGAUCAAGAGCUUUAAGUGAGGCCUCUCAUGCUCAGUUGGGAUUGCUUGCCUUUCGGGAUGAACUGAAAAAGCGCGAAAACCAUUCUUUUCAAAUAGGAACAUUAAAAGCGGAAGCGAUCCCAAAAAGUAAAAGCGGUGAAAAUUCUUCAGCGCCUGAAGCGUAACUAAAUUUGCCAAAUGAUUAUCAAAAUCAGAGCUUGUAUAAAUAAAUAAUUGUUUUCUAAAGUCUGAAAAA